AUGGCGUCGACUUUUGAUCGCUGGGAAAAAGAUCCAUUCUUUCACGCUGCUGAAGAAGUUCAAGAAUCUGCCGAUAGGAUGGAAUCUACAUAUAGGACAUGGAUUCAUGCCACCAAAGAUACUUCAAGCAUGUGGAACCCUAAUGAACUCAGAAGAGAUUUACUUACUACUCUUGGCACUACUAAAUGGCAGUUAGAGGAAUUUCAACGCGAAAUUAAGUCAAGUUAUAGUAGAAACUCUGGUAAUGAUGCAAGAACUAGGCACCGAGAUUUUAUCACUGCUAUGGAGGAUAAGAUAAAGAAAGUCGAGCUUUCCUUAAAUGAAGCCUUUCCUUUGGGUGGCAAGGCGUCUCGGCCGUGGGUGUGUUUGGACGAAGGAGAAAAAGACGAGCUUGCUAUGUUUCUUUCUGGAAUGCCAGCAGCUGAAACUAACAAUCAGCGAUUAUGUGAUAAAGAUUCUGAUGUUAAUUUAUCGAAGAAUUUUCAUAUUUCAUCUGGACGUGGCGAAACUAAGGAGGAUGCAUCACAUGGGUUUCGUAGGGUAGCUAGUGCUAGUGCUGAUAUUGGUUAUUGGAAAAUUUCAGUCAACGAUGAUUCACAGCAGUUGAGUUCCUCCAGUGGUUCUUCUGGUGGUCCAAUGCAUAAGGUACCGAGUUUAUCGGGCUUUUUUACUUCUGUUGAAUCAAUCUCGAAAUUGAAGUGGCCGAGGAAUGGUUAUAGAAAGCUGAAAACAGUGGAUCAUCAUAAAGAAACGGAUAGUGCACUAAUUCCAAUGAAUGAAUUGAAUAGGGGAAGCAAUACCUGCCUCGAAAAAACUAAAAGUGGCCUCGAUAGUUCUGAUGAAUGUUACGACAAGCAACUCUAUGGAUGGUGCGGUGCUAUUCAGAGACAGCUUCAAAGAUCUCAAUAUCAAAUGCAAUACAGUCGUCUCGCACAAAUAACUGUUUCAAUUGUUUUUCUCCUCUGCUUGAUUGUUUUAAUUGCAUUCCACAAGAUGUAG